GAAAAAAAAAAAAAAAAAAUAAUGAUGGCAUCGUUGCAUUCGAGGAGUGAUGCGCGUCGGUUUUAGGCCCAGCACACAGUUUUGUUCAUAGUAACAGGUAGAAAAUAUAUAUUCGAAUCAAAGGGGGAGAAUGAAGCGGCGCAAUGCGGACUGCAGUAAACUCCGUCGCCCGUUAAAACGGAAUCGUAUCACCGAGGGGAUUCACAGCAGUACCUUCCUCUACCUAAAAUUCCUGCUGGUGUGGGCCCUGGUACUGCUUGCAGAUUUUGUGCUGGAGUUCCGGUUUGAAUACUUAUGGCCAUUCUGGCUCUUCAUCAGGAGUGUGUAUGACUCCUUUAGAUACCAGGGACUGGCGUUCUCCGUGUUCUUUGUUUGCGUUGCAUUCACAUCAGACAUCAUAUGCCUCCUGUUCAUCCCUAUGCAGUGGCUGUUUUUUGCUGCCAGCACUUAUGUUUGGGUGCAGUAUGUAUGGCACACGGAGCGAGGAGUGUGUCUGCCCACAGUCUCUUUGUGGAUCCUUUUCGUCUAUAUUGAAGCAGCCAUCAGAUUCAAAGACCUGAAAAAUUUCCACAUUGGCCUGUGUCGUCCGUUCGCUGCUCACUGCAUCGGCUACCCUGUGGUGACGCUGGGCUUCGGCUUCAAGAGCUACGUGAGCUACAAGAUGCGCUUGCGGAAGCAGAAGGAGGUGCAGAAGGAGAACGAGUUCUACAUGCAGCUGCUGCAGCAAGCACUGCCUCCUGAGCAACAGAUGCUUCAGAGGCAGGAGAGAGAGGCAGAGGAAGCUGCUUCUAAAAGCAUGUUGGAGGCUGAUGCAACACUGGUGGCUCAAAAUGGCACCCCAACCACUAAAAAACUGCCUAUCUCCUUCCCAGAGCUGGAGCCCCGAGAUAGGGGCAGGGAGGGUGUGAGAGAGGCCAAGAAACAGCAACAGCACAGCAUAGGAAUAAACAACAAUAUCUUACAGACUGUGGACUCUAAGCUGCAGGACAUUGAAUACAUGGAAAAUCAUUUGAGCAGCAAGAGACUGAAUAAUGAGCUUGGAGGCAGUGCUGAGAGCAUACUGCUUAAAGAGGACAUGGGCAGCAUGGCAGGAGCUUCCUCCUCUUCCAAACAUUGCAAAAAUUCCUCUCCUCACAGCCACAGUUCCACCAAUGGCAGCGUGCCCUCCUCAUCCUUGUCCAAUAAAAAUGAGAAAAAGCAGAAGGGAGUAGGGAAAACUGCUGCCAGCCAUCGAGAUCUGAUGGAGAACUGCAUACCCAACAACCAGCUUAGUAAGCCGGACGCUUUGGUGCGUCUGGAGCAGGACGUGAAGAAGCUGAAGGCAGACCUGCAGGCCAGCCGUCAGCUGGAGCAGGACCUGCGCAGUCAGAUCGGCUCACUGGGCAGCGUGGAGAGGAGUAUGCGCUCCGAGCUCAGCCAGCUCCGCCAGGAGAAUGAGUUGCUACAGAGCAAGCUUCAUAACGCAGUGCAGGCCAAGCAAAAGGACAGGCAGAUGAUUGCUCAGCUGGAGAAGCGUCUGAAGUUGGAGCAGGAGGCUCGUGCAGUGGCGGAGAAGCAGCUGGCAGAGGAGAAGAAGAGGAAGAAGCUAGAGGAGGCCACUACAGCCCGUGCUGUUGCCCUGGCCGCCGCCUCCAGAGGGGAGUGCACAGACUCCCUUAGGAGUCGCAUACGUGAGCUGGAGUCUGACUGCAAGAAGCUCUCCCAGGAUGUUAAGUUUAAAGAAGAGCAUCUCCGAGAGCUGGAGGGCAAAGCGCAGGAGUUGCACAAGUAUAAAGAGAAUGAGAAGGAUACAGAGGUCCUUAUGUCUGCGCUGUCAGCCAUGCAGGAUAAAACCCAGCACCUGGAGAACAGCCUGAGUGCUGAGACCAGGAUCAAGCUGGAUCUCUUCUCAGCACUGGGCGACGCCAAAAGGCAGCUAGAGAUUGCACAAGGUCAGAUCCUUCACAAGGAACAGGAGAUAAAGGAGCUGAAACAGAAGAUAGCUGAGGUCAUGGCUGUGAUGCCCAGUAUCGCCUAUUCGGCUGAGGCCAACAGCAUGAGUCCUGUGGCGCCCCACUAUUCGUCCAAGUUCAUGGACACCAGCCCCUCUAGUCUGGAUCCCAAUGCUUCUGUGUACCAGCCCCUGAACAAGUGAAGGCUCGCUUUUCCGGAUUCUCCUGUUUUGGUUCUUUAAAUUGACCAAGCUCAGUAUAUGUACCUCUUAAGAGUGUUCUUACACCUCUACCCCAAAUAGUCUACCUUGUUUUUGGCUCAGAGUGGUAGUAAAGGGAUGUCACACUGACCAAAACCACCCAGCUUGGAUUUCAUGAAUAUUUUUGUAAAGCUCUCACCAAGCUCAGCCAAACUCUUUUUUUUUUUUUUUUUUUUAUCUUUAUCUUCCUCUUUAAGGCACUACUGCCUGUGGUGCUUAUCUGGCCUUUGAGUCUCGCUCUUAUGAGCGCAUACUACCUUUAAUGAACAGAGGCUUCUUUCCUCCCUACCUUUGUGUUAAAUGCAAGGAAUUAAUGCCAGGAUGAAGGCAUUUUUAAACAUCCAGGAUGAGUUUAAAGAAUGUACAAGAGGAAAUAUUGGUUCAUGUUUGGUUCUUUACGAUGAGAGUAUUUGUGAUGAUAAUUUGUUUAUUCAGAUAUUGUGCCUGUUUAAAGAGCAUGUUUCAGUUCAGUUAUGACCACAGUAUUGUAAUUUAUCUUCCUUGAGACAUAUACAGAUAUGGAAUUGGUUCUUCCCCAAUGCUGUCACAAUUUUAACAACUCCCGAGUUCACCUGUGUUCCAUGUAGGAUGAUACUGAAGUAUAGGAUGAGGUUUACAAACUGAUCUGUAUACUGUAUUUGUUAAUUAUAUGCUGCAUAAAUAUUUGGGAAUGUUGUAUUUUGCGGUCAGUGCAAAUCCUCUUUAUUACUGGACCAAAUGGCAGUAGAAUUUAGAUAAUAUACAGAAAUGGUGAACCUACAAAGUGUGAGUAGCUGAUAUUUUCCAGUCGUUUUACACAGUGCCUUGAAGCUUUUCUGUUUUAAUACCUCACUUACGACCUGGAUGUUCUCUCUCAAUCAGAGUAGGUUACAUGACCGUUCUCCUGCCCCCCCCCCCCCC